AUGCAACAAAUUACAAGACCAACAGUGGUGAAUGCAAACCACAAAGUUCCCAUUGAUGGGUGUGAUGUUGAAGUGACACAAAACGGCAACAGAUGCACUUCGUGUGAGUCAUAUCGUGUUUUGUCUUCAAAUUCCAGUUGUGUUGGUCUUUCACAAAUAACAAAAUGCAAUGAAAUAACCGAUUCAAAAUGCUCCAAAUGUGCAUUUUGGUCUGUUCCAAGCAGUGACGGGAUGUCAUGCGAAUCACAAGUUGUGUGGUGGGUCAUAUUAAUAGCCGUUCUUAUUGUGAUAUUGGUGGUGAUAUUAGUUGCUGUCAUUAUAAUUAUCAUCACAAAGAAAGUGUUGGAAAUUUCACAUACAAAAGAUUUAGAAAAGACCACAACACUUUUUAAAAUGAAAAAGUCAAAUAUUAAGUUCGAAGCACUUCAAAAUGGGAUUUGUGUCACUUCCAAUUGUAUAUACUUCAACUCCGAAUCAGGAGAAAUUCCAGUUGAACGGGAGAGUCGUGAUGUUUUGUGUGUUGGCAACACAAACAAAAAUUUGGUCAAAAUUCAAUUUACCGUUUUAUCUAAUUCAGAUAAAUUCGAUAUCAGAGUUGAUCCCGAAAUUGUGAUUCUUAAAAGUGGGUAUGCUUGUGAAUUCUCAAUAUAUUUAACACCACAUUGCACUUGUAAAAUUGAUAAUACCCUUCAAAUAAUUUCUAAAGAUUUAAAAAAUGGCGAAGAAAAAUUCAAUUUAAUUUCUUUGAAUGUAACUACAAAACAAUCAACUCGAAUUGAUUACGACGAAUUGACAGAAGACAAGAAACUCGGGCAAGGCUCGUUUGGAAUUGUGUAUAAAGGCACUUUUAGAGGAAAUGAUGUUGCUAUCAAAAAGAUGAAAACCAUAAUUGAUGAUAAUAUUUUGGACGAGUUUGCAAAAGAAGUAUCUAUGUUGGACAAGUUUAGGAGUGAAUAUAUUGUGCACUUUUAUGGUGCCGUGUUUAUACCAAACAAAUUGUGUAUGGUCACCGAAUUUGCAGCAUUUGGAAGUUUACAAGACUUGAUCGUAAAAAGACAACCAGAAGAAAUUGAUAUGAAAAUGCGUGUUAAAAUGCUACUUGACGCAACAAAUGGAAUUUCUUAUUUGCAUGAGAAUGGGAUAUUACACAGAGAUGUUAAACCAGAUAAUAUUCUUGUUGUUUCACUUGAUAAGAACAGCAAGGUGAAUGCUAAAUUGACUGAUUUUGGAAGUGCUAGGAACGUUAAUAUGAUGAUGACAAACAUGACAUUCACAAAGGGUAUCGGAACACCAAAGUAUAUGGCGCCUGAAGUGUUAAAACACCAAAAGUACAAAAACCAGCAGAUGUGUUUUCAUUUGCUAUUACGAUGUAUGAGGUGUUUGGAUGGUGUGAAGCUUAUCAACAUCAUAAAUUUAAAACAAUACACACUUAUUGAUAAGUGUUGGCGUUACGAUGAGAUUAACAGAAUUUCGGUUUCUGAAAUUGGAGAAAGCCUUGAAAAUAUGAUACAAUCAUUUUAA